AUGGAGUCGAGUUCAAGUAACGGUGAGACUGUUCUGGUCCAGGACCUCUCUGCAUUAACAGUCAAGGACUCACCCGCAGCAACUGAGCCUCCAGAACCAGUUGCUCCCCAUCGCUCGCACGAUCCAGAGAACAACCUGAAGAGAAGCGACCCUUUUCAAUUUGGCUCUCGUUAUCUCAAUCAGGAAGACAAUGUCUUCGAGUUCAAUGCAUGGGAUCAUGUAGAGACUGACGAUACUUACAAAGAGUAUGCAGAACAGCAAUACGCCAAGCAGCGCGAAGCUCCCGUCUCGGAUUUUGACAAAACAAGAUUCAAUUCCGACCCCGCAAAAUGGUGGAACAACUUCUACAAAAACAACACCGCAAACUUCUUUAAGGACCGGAAGUGGCUGCAGCAAGAAUUUCCUGUGCUGUCCACCAUUACCCAGCCAUCAGCAGGUCCUAUUACGCUCCUUGAAGUAGGUGCAGGAGCUGGCAAUACUGCAUACCCUAUCCUUGCUCACAAUGAGAAUCCCGGCUUGAAAAUUCAUGCCUGUGAUUUCUCAAAGAAUUCCGUGGAAGUUAUACGAGCAAAUGAAGCAUAUGAUACCAAGAAUAUCCAAGCAGAUGUCUGGGAUGUCGCUGGCACUGAACUACCACCUGGCCUUGUUGAGGAGAGUGUGGAUGUUGUGAUCAUGAUAUUCAUCUUCUCCGCUCUCUCGCCUUUACAAUGGAAUCAAGCUGUCCAAAACAUCCACAAAGUGCUGAAACCGGGCGGCGAAGUUUUGUUCCGGGACUACGGCCGUGGGGACUUGGCUCAAGUGCGCUUCAAGAAAGGAAGGUAUUUGGAGGAGAAUUUCUAUAUUCGUGGGGAUGGCACAAGGGUUUAUUUCUUUGAGAGGGACGAACUGGUGGAGGCUUGGACUGCGAAGGAGAGGUUUGAAGUUGUGGAUAUGGGGGUUGAUAGGAGGGACGCUUCCGCAAGCCGGACAAGAAACCUACAUGAGGCCAGUGGGUCACUGCUUGAACAGUCGGCAGGAGUUACUAAAAGAAGGUUAGCAACGAGCUACAGGCUGUUGACAGAGCCUAGAAGGCUGAGAGGCUGUGCCUACUCACUCGACGGCGAUAAUAAUUGGCAGCUUGUGAUGAAUCCAGGACUCCAGUUGCACUUCGACAUAAUCUUCGGAUGGGGAGUUUCAUUCUCAGGCCUCGACCACGAUCACAAGUGCAUGGCGGAGGCUAUCUCGACUGGAACUUGCAAUGGCAUUAUCGUUGCAAACGGUGCUGCAUGCGUCAGUGAUGGUUACGUACCUCCAGAGAUUGCUGGAACGGAUAAUGAUGCUAUCCCUGACAAUGGACCGGCCAACGAUCCGUUCAAGAAUCAGUAA